AUGAUAUCGACCCCGCCACCCCGCUCCUUGCGCGACAAGUGUCUCGAGCUCAGAGACAAGGUCGAAGCUUUUAUUGCGGAGGAACCCGAGACACAGAUACUGCGCGAUGUGCAGAGCCAAGUUCGCAAGUCUAUAGAGGUUGUUGAUGAGGCGUUGCGGAAGUAUACGCCGGAACAAAUAUCGUUAUCAUAUAAUGGAGGGAAGGAUUGUCUCGUCCUCCUCAUCGUGAUCCUCGCACGCAUGGGUCGCAUCUACUAUUCCGACCAGACCAACGGCGCCUCCACCAUCACACCUCCCGAGAAGCUCCAAUGUGUAUACAUCGUCGCAGCGCAUCCCUUCCCCGAAGUAGACGAAUUCGUCGAGACGUCCAGCGCCGAGUACGGUCUUGAAGUUGCGCGAUACGUGUUACCCAUGAAGAAGGGUCUCGAAAUAUACCUUGAAGAGCGACCGAGCAUCAAGGCUGUGUUUGUGGGUACUAGACGGACAGAUCCUCAUGGCGAGAACUUGACGUUCUUUGAUCCGACGGACGCUGGUUGGCCGUCGUUUAUGAGGAUACAUCCUGUUAUUGAUUGGCAUUAUGUACAAAUCUGGGCUUUUAUUCGCCAUUUGGGAAUCGCAUAUUGUCCUCUCUACGACCAAGGCUACACGAGUCUAGGCGGCAAAAAGGAUACACACCCAAACCCGCACCUAAAGAAGCAGGGACAAAACGGGGAAAGUUUCCGACCUGCGUAUGAGUUAACGGAAGAUGAUGAGGAGCGGCUGGGUCGCGAAUCAUAA